AUGGCGCACGUGGAGGAAACCGCUACGGUGGUAUGUGGCACCACCAAGGGUGACCUUGAAUUGGAAUUGCACCGCGCCUGGUCCCCGCACGGCUACGAUCGGGCCGUGGACUUGUUCGAACGCGGCUAUUACGAUCACACCCACUUCUUCCGUGCCGUGCCUAAUUUUCUGGUCCAAUUCGGUAUCACCUACUCGGCUGACCCGAACUUGGUACAGCUUGGUCGGAGUACCAUUCCGGACGAUCCUCAACUACCCCACAAGAUUCCCUUCGAACCCGGUACUAUCUCCUUCGCUGGCGGUGGUCCCAACAGUCGGACUUCGCAGCUCUUCAUCGCUUACCGCGGCGCCUCCAGCUUUGGCCAGGAAUUGUGGGAGACGCCUAUUGGUAAAGUUGUGGGGGGAUUUGAACACGCUUUGGACUUUUACAGCUACGGCGACAUGCCACCGUGGGGCGCCGGACCGGUGCAGGGUAAAAUUCACGGAGGCCGGGAAUAUAUUGAUCAGGAAUUUCCC